UUUAAAUAGCCAAAAAGAAGGGAAUCUAUUGGAGUGCUUAAUAAGCUUUUAAAAUGCACAGCAUACGGAGGCCUCUGCAAAUGGGUUACGAAGACGGUACGUCAGACGAUGAGAGUGGGGAAUGUUGGCGUCUGAGCAGUCUCUCACAGCCCAACACACCACACUUUUGUAGAAGCUGCAUGUUAGGGUUCAGAGAUAGGAUACUGUUAAACAACCAUCUUAAACAGCAUUACAUGGAGAAUAGAGCCGCUACUUCUCAGGGACAAACGGAAACUGAGCCGGCCGCUAAAGCCACCUCACAAGACCCCAUGUUCAGAUGUCUCAAUUGCAAGGAAACAUUUCUCUCUCCUAACCAACUAAAAUUACACUGUGAGGUGUGUCAGCCGGAAGACUCAGCAUGGCAAUGCGAAGUGUGCGAGGAACUGUUUGAAGAUAAGAUGCAGCUCAAUGCACAUUUCAUCAGUAUGCACGGGGAACAGAACAUGCUGCGCAACAGAGGGUUUGAGUGCCCACACUGUCGGCUUGUCUUUGAGAGCCAGCAGGAACUGAAAGUACACAUCGAGAUUGACCAUGAAAUGCAAGUUUCCCCCGUUAAAAAGCCCGGUGGUCCACUUGCUGGAAACAAGAGGAACGAGAUGUAUAUAACUGUGGCUUGCGAGUGUGGUAAAGUUUUUGUGAACGAACUGGACUAUCAGGAGCACAUAUUAGAACAGCAUCCUGGCACCGAACCACUCAAGUGGCCUAAGGACAUAUCAGAGCUGAAAAAACGGAAAAGGUCAGCGCUGAUGGCAAAGCGCAACAUGUCAGACUACCAAGCAAAGCGCUCUAGGAAACCUCCCCGGUAUAACCCGAACUCGCGCAUCAACAAUCAGGGACACAAAUACUUUGACGGUUCUGAAGAAGGUAAUGCAGGUGGUGUCUGUGUUGAAUGUGGGGAGACGUUUGCUCAAGCGGUGGAACUGAAGCGGCACAUGCAGAGUGAUCACAUUCAUCUCAAACCGUACGCCUGCAGUAUCUGUGGAAGGAGGUUUACACGAAAGUCAGACGUAAAGAGACACAUAGAAACAAUACACGGCCAGGCGGUGUCCAAGGAGGAUAUGGAGAGAAUACAAGCCAUCAGACCCUUCAGAUGUGCUAAAUGUGGCAACCCCUUCGGUCGAUACAGCGACAUCAAGAAACACAUAGAAGUACACCACGGUCUUCCCUUCUCUCCUGACACAUACGUUUAUCAGCUGGAACACAUGGAAGAGGCAGGGUUGAGUAUCGGUAGCAGCGGGGAGGUGGUGAACGUUAGGACCUACGAUUGUGGGCUCUGCAAGAGGAAGUACAGAAACAAGACGACAGUCCGACAUCACAUCCGGAAGGACCACAACCAGGAGGAUCCUGACGCGUUUAUCACACGCUCACAUUUCAACCACAGUGAACAAGAAUGCCAGUUCUGUGGGGACGUCUUUAAUUGUAUAGAGGACAAGAUGGAACAUGUGCAAAACAUUCACCAGACAAUGGUUGAAGAUGAUAGCUUAGUAGACACCCCGCUCUCAACUGUACUGCAGCAUGAACAGGAGAUGGUUCACGACGAAGGAGAAGACUGCGAGAACUUCAUGCCAGUAAAAGACGUCAGCACGCCAGAAAAACUCCGCUACAACUCUAAAAACCAAAUAGUAAUCCUGAAACAGGAACUAGUGAACAAUAACAACAACAACAGCCCUGCCCCUCCUGAGUUACGAGUUGAGAAAAAGGAGGGAGGUACAUGGAGUAACACUCUUAUCAAUGACAUUGUGUCAGAGCAACAGAGAAGCAAGUCUACAUACGAUUGCCCGGAAUGUUCUAGAAGCUUUACCCGACCUAAAGCCCUGCAGAGUCACAUUCUCAAGAUGCACUCCAAGAAGAACGAUGACUUUGAGUGUGAUUUGUGUGGGAGGAGUUACAAGGAACAGAAACAGUUCGUGAAGCAUCUGGAGGUGGCACAUCCUGAGAUAAGGGCUGAUAAAACUGCUAAUAAUGGUAAGAAAGAUAAGAACAAUUCGGGAGAUAUAGACGGUCUGUUCUUUAACUGUGCUACGUGUGGGAAAUCGUUCCAAGAAGAAGUUGAUCUGAAAACUCACAUUGAAUUCGCGCACGCGCAUGCAGCAGCAGCACCACGCAAAUCCAACGCCAUAAAGGAGUCAGCAGUUCAACAAGUUGUAUCCACCCAGUCAGUGUCUGUUGAUGAUAUGCCUCUGAUGGAAUACUACACGUGUAACGUGUGUGGGGCCAUGUUCAGCAGCACUGAGAGUCUCACCAGGCACAUGAACCUCAAACACAAGGAUAUAUCUAUACUCGGGAGGAAGACUGUGCUGGGAGGAUUACAGGUAGAGGACGACAGACAAGAAGAAGAUGAGGAUGAUGAAGAUGAGGAAGAAGAGGUUAUUACUACUGUGAGUAAAGAUGUAGAGAUGCAGAAUGUUGAGAUGCAGAAUGUGAGCGUGGAGUACACGUGAUAACACGUGAUUAGAGAUUAUGGAUUGUUUAGAGAGCAUCCAGUGUUAGCAAAUCUUAUCAGUCGCAAGUCUUAUCAGCUGAGAUCCUUAUCAGUCGUUUGUCUUAUCAGUCGCGUUUCUAAAAUCAAAUGUCAGAUAGCUAGAUAACUUUAUACCGGAACUUACCAAUAAAAGCCUGUUGUAUUGGACACGAACUGGAUUGCGGUAUGUUGAGUAUUGUGGAAUGUGGAGCAAGAUCCUAAAAGCUGUCCCGAUACAGAAUACUGAGUCACUGAAUGACACGGUGAGCGCUGAACUGAGAUAUUACCUGAACCGUCGUCCGAGUCUACUUUUUGUGUAUACUUGGAACUUUGAAACAGUUUAACAUCAUGAUGACUGGAAACUUGUUUAGAAUGAACUUGUUUAGAAUGAACAAUUCUUUUUUAUAUUUCUAGAGGGUUGCCUUCAGAACACUUAGACUGUUCCUUAAAUUGCGAAUUUGAAGGAAUUAGUUAUUAUUUCGUGAGCUUUAAACCUUAAAAUAUAAGAGUUAUUCUCGUUGAAUCUUUGUUUCUGUGAUAAAAUGUGGAGAAUUUAAUAAUUAUUGAUAGAGAUGAUUCAAGUUACCAAAUCAGGGUACAGUCUUUUGUCACAAUUUACUUGCACAAUACAUUGCCAUUAUCGAUAAGAUAUGAAAUAAUCCGGAUUCGAUUAAUUAUCGUUAAGUAGAACCAUAAAUACAUUAAGACGAAUAGCAAUGUCUCAGCAUUAAAUAAAAUGAAAUCUUAAGUGUGAAUUUUUGUGAAUUGUUACAAUUUGUAGAACUGCUAAUGUUGUGAUAUCAAUUAUCAAUCACUGUGUUACAAAAAUAAUGGAAAAUGUGUAACUGUAGCUCUGUCCAUAUCAGUUUUCAAAGGUUAAUUUUAUCUUUUUACAGCAUUUUGUCUAUAUCAAGUUUCAAAAUUAUCUCUAUUCAAAUGUGAAUUCGAAUCAAUUGAACAACGGAAAAUUAUUCUGUUUACAUAAUUUGAAUGCAACUACAAUAAUAAUAUUAGUUUAUGGUAGUAAUUGGUUUUAAUUGAUUACAGUAAUGAAUAAUUAUUCCAAUAACAAGUUGUAUCGAAAACUCGGUGAUAAAUAAAUAGCAUACCAAAGAUUUUCACUGUCAUAAGAUGUUAAGAUUUACGAUAAUUAAUUCAGCUAGAUGCUUAAAAUUUUUAUGAUAAGUCCCAGUUGGUUAAUCAAACUAAUAAUUUACAUUACAAA